AUGGUGGAAUCUUUGGAUCCUCCGCUUGUCCUCGUUCACCGGCCACCGUCUCUGGAUUACUUCGACGAGCUUCUGAGCCGUAACUUCCAGGUUCUCAACACUCACGUCUCAUCGGAUCCCAUCCCGAUCUUCCUCUCCCGUCACGCCGCCUCCGUCAGAGCGUUCGUCAACAUCGGAAGGCUUACGAUUGACGCCGAGCUCCUCUCGCACCUCCCUUCUCUCCAGCUACUCAUCUGCACCAGCGUCGGCGUCGAUCACGUCGACCUAGCCGAGUGCAAACGUCGCGGCGUCUCUGUCACGAACGCUGGCGACGCGUUCUCGGAGGACGCGGCGGAUUGCGCCGUCGGUCUGCUUAUCAGCGUUCUCCGUCGUAUUCCGGCCGCCGAUCGUUACGUCCGGUCCGGUAAUUGGGCGAAAUUCGGAGCUUUUCAUUGUUUUCAACUAGGAUCAAAGGUGAGCGGGAAGCGAGUUGGGAUAGUUGGGUUGGGGAGCAUCGGAUCUUUUAUAGCCAAAAGACUUGAGCCCUUUGGUUGCAUCAUCUCUUACAAUUCAAGAAGUCAGAAACAGAGCAUUCCGUACAUGUACUACUCCGACGUUCUCUCCUUAGCAGCCAACAACGAUGUUCUUAUGCUCUGCUGCUCUCUGAAUGAGCAGACGCGUCACAUUGUGAACAGAGAGGUGAUGGAGUCGCUUGGUAAGGACGGGGUUAUAAUCAAUGUGGGAAGAGGAGGGUUGAUUGAUGAGAAGGAGAUGGUCAAGUGUUUAGUCCAAGGAGUGAUUGGUGGUGCCGGUUUAGAUGUGUUUGAGAACGAACCGGAAGUUCCUGAGGAGUUGCUUGGUUUGGAUAAUGUUGUGUUGACUCCACAUGCUGCUGUGGCCACGCCAGGGUCUUUGAACAAUGUUACUGAGAUUGCUCUGGCUAAUUUGAAGGCGUUUUUCUCGAACCAGCCUUUGGUUUCUCCGGUUCAAUUGGGUUGA